UCAAUGAAUGGUCUUCACGCUGGCAACUUGAUAUCUUUGGUUUUAUGCAUUCAAAUUUGCUUCAACAAAAAGGAUCCUACUAAGGAAUCCUAAAUGUCUAAUCCAACCUCUACACAACAUGACGUAGAUAGAAAAAAUAGGUUAAAAGAUAAAAAAGCUUUAAAAAAGACACCCAAGUGUCAAAUGCCUAUUGUCAACAAUUGCUAAAACUGACAUUUAUUAUAUUAGGCAAAAAUCUAUUAUAGCUUAGAGAGAAAAAUAUUAUUUUUAUACCAAAAUGGGGCAAAUAUUAGGAACAUUUAGAACAAAACACCUCGACUUAAAUAUGAACGACAAACCGUCGUUUCCACCGAACGCAGGAUUCACUUUCAAAAGGCAACCUCGCGGGAUGAUAGCGAGCGCUGAAGAGCUUAGCUCUGCGAAGAUUCCAGUGGAAUUCCGAGAUUUCUGUGCUCAUUUACUAAUAGACUAUCAAGUCUGUCGAUAUAAAAAUUUCCCUUUGGUGUAUCGCUGCUCCCAUCAGAAACAUGCAUACAUGAUCUGCGAGCAAGAGGACUACCUGAUGCGCAUGAAAGAGUUCGAAAGAGAGCGUAGGCUGAGGGAAAGAGAAAUUAGAAUAAAAAAGAACCCGCCGCCACCACCUCCCAAAUAAAUAAAAUAAUAUUUUGAACUUUUAUCUUUAACGAAAAAAUACAAUAAAUUAUGUUACUUGCAUUCAGUAAUCUUUUACUCUGUCAAACACUAUUACAGUAGGUAUUUCUCAAAGUCCGAAAGGUAAAGUCUUUGUAAUUUUAUAAUCACUUUGUUAAAUGUUUAAUUCCUCAAGAAACACAACCAAGCUAAUGAUUGUUUUCU